AGGUGCGCACUUCAGUACGCAGAGAGAGAGGAGAGCGGCUGCGGUUGACCUUGCCUUGCUGACCAUCCCACCCCUACCCCCGCACCGGACCCAGAAACAGACGUGGGCGCGGGGUCGGCCACUGCCAUAGCUGCAGCCCGGCGAGGCGAUGGCCAAGGUGUCAGUGCUGAACGUGGCGGUGCUGGAGAACCCGAGCCCGUUCCAUAGCCCCUUCCGGUUCGAGAUCAGCUUCGAGUGCAAUGAGGCCCUGGCGGACGACCUGGAGUGGAAGAUCAUUUACGUUGGCUCAGCUGAGAGUGAGGAGUUUGAUCAGAUCCUAGACUCAGUGCUGGUUGGCCCUGUCCCAGCAGGGAGACACAUGUUUGUGUUUCAGGCUGACGCCCCCAACCCAUCCCUCAUCCCGGAGACUGACGCCGUGGGUGUGACUGUGGUCCUCAUCACCUGCACCUACCACGGACAGGAGUUCAUCCGAGUGGGCUACUAUGUCAACAACGAGUACUCCAAUCCUGAACUGCGGGAGAACCCGCCCCUGAAGCCAGACUUCUCUCAGCUCCAGCGGAACAUCUUGGCCUCCAACCCCCGAGUAACUCGCUUUCACAUCAACUGGGACAACACCACAGACAGGCUCGAGGCCAUAGAGAACCAGGACCCCACCCUGGGCUGUGGCCUCCCCCUCAGCUAUACUCCUAUCAAGGGCCUGGGCCUCCCUGGCUAUAUCCCUGGCCUCCUCCCUGAGAACUCCAUGGACUGCAUGUGACUGCAGACACCCAGAACCUCCCUGCACACCUGGAGGGGGCGACCAGGCCUCCCAGAGAGGGGGCGGGGCCAUCUAGAGGACUUGGGGGCCAUCAACUGCAUCCAGGCCUGUCAAACUUGGCCAGAAAGAAUGGGCCUCGGGUCUGCCCCAGCCCAGAAGGCUCAUCUCACUUCUACUGCACAAGCUUAUAAGAAGCAGGUACUUCAGUUCUUAUUAAUUUUUUCUGACUUGUGUCCUUUUUCUCUUCCACACACACUAUGAAUUCCAUCUUCAGGCCACUGUGGUCCUGUGAGGACCACUGACCCAAAGUUCUUCCCAUAGGCCUCCCUAGCCUGCCUAGAGGCUUUCUUGGUCAGCUUCCGUCAAGGCUCUGGCCCUGCUGGGCAAGGGCUUUGUCAUUCCUUUGUCUUCCCAAACAUCUGAGCGGACCCACCCCAGCUUUCUGGUGUCAUAGGCAAGGGGUCCUGGUUGGUAGGUGGACUUGGAUACAAUUUCGCUCCUUCUCCCAGGAGGAUUUUUAGGUCUUUCAAUCCAGCAGCCCCUGGAAAACUCUGCUCCCAAAGGUGUGAUCAGCCUGAUGCUGAGGCACCAUGGGUGCCUCUCCCCAGUCACAGCCACCUUCCUGUUACCACCUAACUGGAGCUGGCUUUCCCCAGAAGCUGCCGUGGUGGGGAGGUGGUUGUGGCAGAGGGCCUGCCGUGCUCGGUCUGUGUCAGCGUCAGCAUCAGGACCCCUCUGCCUCUGGCUGCCUGGACUUGCCCUCUGCUAAGACCAUGUGGGCUCACAGGCCACAGAGUGAUUUCAGGCAAGGGGAGCAAUCGGUACUCUGAAAACCUUCCCUCCCGUAUCUUCCCUGCUCUGUGCCCCGGUCCCGUCACUGUUACGUGGAUGCUGUUGGGAUUGCAGUUUGUAUAUGAAAGGGUUUUUAUAUUAAAAAUGUUUGGUUAGUCUAAAUAUAAAAGCACUUCAUCUAUA